AAGAUUUUUUUACUCGAGUCGGAUGAUUACAAUUAAUAAAUGAUGUUCAUAAUGGGUGGAUUAGUUGAUAUAGUUUCUCUGUUAUUACUAUGUGUUUUUGGUGUUCACUGUAUAAAAUUACCACCUUAUUUAAAGCCAUGUUCCCUAAGUGAUCCGAACUUAAAUGAAUGUUGCGUAAAACAUGGAAAAGAAGCUUUGCCGUUCCUUGUAAAAGGCGAUAGAAAAUACAACAUCCCAAAUUUAUCACCAUUGUUUCUGCCAAGUCUUUACAUGAACGUUGGUAAAGAUCUACACAUCACUAUGACGGACAUAUACGCUUAUGGACUGGAAAGAACCGACAUAGAACAAAUAAGGUUUGACGCUAAAAACAUGAAAGCUUCCCUUAAAACACGAAUAGACAAUUUGCAGCUUAUUGGAAAAUAUGAAAUGGUUGGCAAAAUCUUGUUUUUACCAGUUCAAGGAAAAGGCGAUUUCAAUAUAACUGCAAUUGACGGAGAAUAUCAGUAUGAAUUCCAAUAUACCUUAAGAAGAAAGGGAAACCAAAGCUAUGCGGUUGUAAAAGACAACGACAAAUUGAACUUCGAACUAAAAGAUGCCAUCGUCAAGUUAGACAAUCUUUUCAAUGGAGAUGACACUUUAGGUAAGCAUGUGAAUACUUUCCUUAAUGAAAACUGGAAGGAAGUUCUGAAAGAAAUAGGUGGUGCUUUGAGCGAAACUGUUCGUUCGGUGUCCAGAACUAUAUUCACUGGAUAUACCAGCAAAGUCCCUUUCAACGAAUUGUUUUUAGACUAAGUUUAUGUACUUCAACUGACCUUAUAAUGUAACGAGAAAAUAAAGGCAAUUAAAACAUG